AUGAGUUUUACAUUUGGCCAGUCAACCACUACCACAACCGGGACCACUUUUGGCACCAAUACUUUAUCAGGGGGGAAUUUAUUCGGAGCGGGUGAUUCCAAACCUUUUCAAAGUCCUGGAACCGAUAACAAAGUGAGUUUCUUCAGUACUCCCACAACAAGCGCACCUGCAUUUGGCAGUUUCGCAUUCAGUCCAAAAACUACAGCAUCUAGUUCAGGGCUUUUUUCAAGUCCGACAACAACAACCGCCAGUUCAGCAUUUGGAGCAUCUAAGCCACUAUCAUUUGGAGGUUUCACAUCCCCUCCAAAUCAAACUGUUGGUAGCCCUGGGUUUGGACAACCAGCCACUCAGAAUGCGCCACAAAACCUGUCUUUUGGUCAAACAUCCACAACACAACAACAGUCCACACCGGCUUUUGGAGCCCCUGCAACCCAAGCAGCCUCCUCUUUUGGAACUCCAACUGCUUCUGGUUUUGGCUUUGGCUUCUCGAAACCUGCCACAAAUACUGGUUUCACAUUAACUCCUACUUCUGGUUUCUCGGUGCCGCAAACAACUGCCACAACAGCAGCGACCCAACCAGCCCAGUCAAGUUUCUCACUGACGCCAGCUACAACCUCGGCUAGUGGUUUUGCACAGAGCACUCCAGGUUUCUCACAAAUGUUCGGAAAGCCGUCAUUAAGUUUCGCACCGACCACUACCACAACAGCGACUGCAGUGACUGCUACAUCUGCCGCUCCAUCUUUUGGUACACCAGCAACAUCCAGUUUCACGCUCGGCCAACCGCAAACAACUUCAACAGGUUUCUCCUUUGGCCAACCACAAACAACAACGACAACAACGAUAUCUUCUGGUUUCUCCAUUAAUCAAGGACAAACACCAACAACCAGUUUUGCUACAAGUCAACCUCAAGCAACGAGUCAAGCCCAACCAAGCUUAAGCUUUGGAACAACACAAACAGCCACACCAACAACAAGCCAGCAAACUACAUCCACACUUAGUUUUGGUGGGGGUGGUGCGUCAAAGCCCACGACUGGGCUAACAUUCCCGACAAGCCAAGCGGGCUUAAGCCUUAGUACGGCUCAAACAACCAGUCUCAGUUUUGGUGGUACUUCAACAACAUCAACAGCUCAAGCACCAAGUGGUUUUGGUGUACCUGCAGCUACAACAACUACAAGUUUUUCGACCAGCCAACCCGCGACGGCGCCAGCUACAUCUGCGAUCAGUUUCAGUGCAACUACUACGAGUAGUGCGUUUGGUGUUUCUGGGACUAGCAGUGGACUGUCAUUUGGUAAACCCACUGCUACGACAGCUACUUCUGGAACUGCCACAUCAGCGCCCUCUGGUGUACUGUCACUGGGUAAAUCUACCGCAGCUUCUACUAUGCCAACAUUAACUACCACUACAACUACAACAGCCGCAGCACCGCCGCAACCAAUUAGCUCAAUAACAUUCGCACAACUUGAAGAGAACAUAAACAAAUGGACCCUGGAGUUGGAAGAACAAGAGAAGAUAUUUAUAAACCAAGCCACACAGAUCAACGCUUGGGAUAGACUGCUCAUCGCUAAUGGAGAGAUGAUCGUAGAAUUGAACGACACUAUCCAGACGGUUAAAAACGAGCAGCAGAGCUUGGAACAUGAACUAGACUUCGUGUUGGCACAACAAAAAGAACUGGAAGACAUCCUGACCCCGAUGGAAAAACAACUGGUCAACGAAACCGGCGAUAGGCUGCGUGACCCCGAGAGAGAACAUUUGUAUUCACUAGCCGAGAAUUUAGAUACACAGCUAAAACAAAUGUCCGAAGACCUGAAAGAAGUUAUAGAACACCUGAAUGAGACCAAUAGAAGUCAAGAUACAAACGACCCUAUCGUCCAAAUCGGUCGUAUUCUGAACGCGCAUAUGUCUUCAAUGCAGUGGAUCGACAACUCGAUCGCACAGAUAUCAACAAAACUUGACCAGUUGAAAGCUACACAUGAUACACUUCGAAGAGAUAAUGAAAGAUCUUUCCAACUUACAUAUAAUUGA